AUUAUCAUUCAAUUCUUCACACCAGGACAGUGCAGGUCAAAGAGUUGUUCUAGAUAGUUAUAGUUUGUAUUGGACAUUUCUCGAUUUCUCCGGAUGCAUGCACCGGUGGUUUUCAACUGUGUCGAAUGCGCGCUUCGGAGGGAGUUCCAGAACGCAGUUAUAAACGGUUGGAGCGCGUCCCGGUUGUCGGCUUGGCUCGGUCUGUCAGUCAGGCGGUCUGUUAGAUCCCAGAGAGGGAGAGAGAGAGGGGGCUUGAUUGAGUAGGGGACGAUGAUGGCAAUAGCGAAGAUACCGUGGCUACUUCUCCUCGAGAUGGGAUUGUACGCCAGUUGUUUCGUUUGUGGAAUCGUCACGGCAGCUUCUCUCACUAUCACACAGGGGAGUUUCAGUGGUCUCUGUAUCCUGUAUGGGACAGUACAUCACAACUCGUCAUCAGACUCCCUAUUGGUCCAGACCUCCAGCUCUCCCUCGCUCUGUUACUUUGUCUCUGCUAUCUCAGUGUGUGUAGCAGUGUUCUGUUUCUCUAUAUCACUGUACUGGAUAUAUACAUGCUGUCUGGAUGGAGGGGUUAACAGAGAGCGUCUAUGGCUCAACGUGACCCUGGUGGUGUGUGGAGUGUUUCUCUUCUUCCUCCUGGUGACGGGCUGUGUGUUGAAGAGAGGAAGAGACUCUCUGUGUGACUCUGUCCUACACGCUGUCCCCAACAUCACCAGCUGUGAAGAGGCUCAGUCUAGGACCUGGAUCAGUCCUUACACUGGAACACAGUUCUACACUGGACUGUACAAUGCUGGGACUGCGGUGUGGGUGAACUUUUUUUUCUGGAUUCUGAUUGGCGUGCUGGUGGUGAUCCAGAGAGGUCAAGGGUCCGAGUUCAGAAUGACGGCGGCCGACCCCUUAGCCACGCCCUCUGAGACAGAACCUUUCUUCCCACGCCAGGCCCGGCCCCAGUGACUCAUAACCGUCUCGCCUCGACCUGUUGGCUAGACACAUGUGGAUGUGCGCAAACACAUGACGGAGACACGCAGACACACACACACGCACGCACACACACUCCUCACUGUCUGACCUGUUAGGGUGACGUUCAUUCAUUCUCUACUAUGUAUGUUUGAGAGAGUCCUCCUCACACACACACGCUCCUGGGGUCAGUGUCUAUGCAGAUCUCUGGUUCUGAGUACUGCGCCCCAGUGAAGCAGAGAUGGCCUAGCUGAUUUAAGGCAGCAUCUGUCUCUUCAAGGAUAUAACAAGAAUAUAUUAAUGGUAACACGUAGAGCCACUGCAGCUUUCUCUGUGGUCCCUCCAUCCACAGUCCUUUCUCUGUGGUCCCUCCAUCCACAGUCCUUUCUCUGUGGUCCCUCCAUCCACAGUCCUUUCUCUGUGGUCACUCCAUCCACAGUCCUUUCUCUGUGGUCCCUCCAUCCACAGUCCUUUCUCUGUGGUCCCUCCAUCCACAGUCCUUUCUCUGUGGUCACUCCAUCCACAGUCUCUGUGGUCCCUCCAUCCACAGUCCUUUCUCUUCCUAUAUUCAGGGAGAUGUGUGUGUGUGACUGGCUGACAGGGACAUCAAUCUUCUCAGAUAAUAUCAGUGCUUUGCACUGUGUGUGUGUGUGUGUGUGUGUGUGUCUCCCACUAUGGACCACUGCCAAACCAAGGCGACUGCACCACAGUCAUCUUUCAGCAAUGUCACACUGUCCUCCAGACAGACCUUAUAAUGCCUUACUGACCACUGACACAAAGCAACCAUUUUGUUACAGCGUUCCCUUUCUGCCUGCACUUACUUAGAUUGUUUUUUAAUUAUUAUUAUUAUUAUUAUUAUUAUUAAAAAGCAAAAACAUGUAAUUUAGUUUGAGUUAAUUAAUUAUUGUUGCCAUUGCUGAUACUGUAUUGUUGAAUCUUUUUACUGAACUUCAUGAAAACAGGUAUCGACCAAUAAAAGAUAAAUGUUUUAAUAAAUAAA